AUGUGCAGCACAGCCGGGAUUCCGUCCAUGAAAAUCCAGGGCCUUGAGAUUCUCACCUUGACCGCUACGUACAUCCAGAACUAUACCUUUCCUGCAAUUCCCGUUUUGGGCUUUGACGGGAGCAGCUAUGCCAACAUGAACUUUUGUAAUGUUACUGUCGCCUACACGCACCCAGGAUGGAACGAUCAGAUCCACGUCAUGGUCUAUCUUCCCAGCGAGGGCUGGAAUGGCAGAUUUCAAGCCACCGGUGGAGGGGGCUUCAUCGCCGGCGGGGGGUUACUGUCUUCAUUUUACAUGGCUCCAGCUCUAUUAGACGGUUUCGCAGUUGCAACAAGCGAUGGAGGACACUCAGUCGACAUGGCAACUGCCGCGGUGGAUGUCAGUGACUGGGCCUUAUCCAGCCCGGGAAACGUUAAUUGGCACCUCUUGGUCGACUUUGCUUCUGUUACGCUUCACGACAUGGCCGAAAUUGGAAAGGCAGUUACAACGGCAUACUAUGGAACUCCUCCGCAUCACUCGUACUUCUAUGGCGCGUCUACUGGUGGGAGACAGGGUCUCAUGAUUGCGCAGAGGUACCCUAACGACUUUGACGGGAUCGUUGCCCUGUGCCCGGCAAUCAACUGGGCUCAAGUCGUGGUCGCAAGCCAGUGGCCCCAGCUCGUCAUGAAUCAGCUGAACGUUUAUCCGCCUGGCUGUGAGCUGAAGGCAAUCACCAAUGAGGCUAUUUCUGCCUGCGAUGGCCUGGAUGGCGUUGAAGAUGGCAUUAUAUCCCUACCAGGCCUCUGCGACUUCGACCCUCAUACCGUGGUUGGAAAGACCUUUGAUUGCGAUGGGAAUUCCUCUGUUAUCACCAGUGCCGCGGCCACCGUAGCGAAAGCAGCUUGGUCCGGUCCUCGAAGUGCAACCGGUGAGUGGCAGUGGUUCGGUAUCGGAAAAGACGCCGACCUUGGAACCAAAGGGAUGGGAGUCGCCUCCACCAUCUGUGACGAAGACCAGAAUUGCAAAGGCUUGCCAUUUCCCAUCACGACUUCUUGGAUCAAAUACUUUGUGAAGCGGGGCUCCGAGUUCGAUAUAAGCACCAUCACCCACGAAGAAUGGGACUCUAUAUUCCACGCCUCAGUCAACGAGUAUGAGUCUGUGAUUGGGACUGCCGACCCUGAUCUCUCCGAGCUCCGCAAGACCGGGGCCAAGAUGCUCUCUUUGCAUGGCCUUCAGGAUGCUGUUAUCCCCGUCAAUGGGAGUGUCCAGUACUAUGACCGUGUUCUUGACAGGGAUCCAACGGCACAGGACUUCUUCCGUUUAUUCCUGGUGCCGGGCGCGUCACACAGUUUGGACGAUGGCCCGGUCCCGAAGAAGAUGGUGGAUGCUAUUGUAAAGUGGGUUGAGGAGGAUAUUGCGCCCGACACCUUGCGCGGAAUUGGCAAAGACGGCUAUGGUACGACAGUGGAUAGGGAUCUCUGUAUGUACCCACGAGUUCAGGUUUACCGUUCCGGGGAUCCGACGAUAGCUUCUUCAUUUGAAUGUACUGAGUGA